GGAGAGGCGGGGAAGUGCCGGCGGGACGCGAUCCCCGCGCAGAGCCGGGCAGUGGCAACGCGAGCGGCGGCGGCUGGGAGAGACUCCGGGGCGGGGCGGGCCGGGCCCUCGCGGCGUUCCUCGUGGGAAGGUGCGGCGGCGGGCAAGUGCUCGCAGGUGAGGGGCUCUCCAGCCGGCGUCCGGGGGAACCGGGAACAAAGCGCGGCGGCACCCGGGGUCCGUGGCCGCCUAGCUCCAGAGCGCCUAACUCCGAGCACAUUGCGAGUCCCCGGACCGGCGGUGCGGCGGCGGCGGCGGCCCGGAGCGGCGCUUGGGGGAGGGAGCCGCCGCACGCCCGCCGCGGGGCGUCCGCCCCAUUGUGAGGCGCCCGCGGGGCGCGCUGGGGCCGCGGCCGCCCGACAGACUCCGCACCCCGGCGGGGAGGAGGACCGGACUCGUCUGUCACACAAAAGGCAGCCGAGCCGCCCCGGAGCUCUCCGACCUUACCGGCUUUCCUUUCCCUCCAAUUUGCUAGGGACGCGGGUGGACGUGCGCAGCCGAGAGAUGCCGCUGCUUCACCGAAAGCCGUUCGUGAGGCAGAAGCCGCCGGGGGACCUGCGGCCGGACGAGGAAGUUUUCUACUGUAAAGUCACCAACGAGAUCUUCCGCCACUACGAUGACUUUUUUGAGCGAACCAUUCUGUGCAACAGCCUUGUGUGGAGCUGCGCUGUGACAGGCAGACCUGGACUGACAUAUCAGGAAGCACUUGAGUCAGAGAGAAAAGCAAAGCAGGAUCUCCAGAGUUUCCCAGAACCACUAAUUAUUCCAGUUUUAUACUUGACCAACCUUACCCAUCGUUCACGCUUACAUGAAAUUUGCGAUGAUAUCUUUGCAUAUAUCAAGGACCGAUAUUUUGUUGAAGAAACUGUGGAAGUCAUUAGGAACAACGGUACAAGGCUGCAGUGUAGAAUCUUGGAAGUCCUCCCUCCAUUACAUCAAAAUGGUUUUGCUAAUGGACACAUGAGCAGUGUUGACGGAGAGACUAUUGUCAUCAGUGACAGUGACGACUCAGAAACACAAAGCAGUUCUUUUCAACAUGGGAAGAAGAAAGAUGCAAUCGAUCCCUUAUUAUUCAGAUACAGGGUACAGCCCACUAAAAAGGAGAUGUAUGAGUCUGCUGUUGUUAAAGCAACACAAAUCAGCCGGAGAAAACACCUAUUUUCUCGUGAUAAACUAAAGCUUUUUCUCAAGCAACACUGUGAACCACAAGAUGGAGUCAUUAAAAUUAAGGCAUCAUCUUUUUCAACAUAUAACAUAGCAGAGCAAGAUUUUUCUUAUUUCUUCCCUGAUGAUCCACCUACAUUUAUCUUCAGUCCUGCUAACAGACGAAGAGGAAGACCUCCCAAACGAAUAUCUUUUGGUCAGGAAGACAACAUUGCUAGUAAGCAGACUAUUGCAAGAUGUCGGAGCAAGGCUAUUAAAGAAAGAGACAAACUUUUGAAACAAGAAGAAAUGAGGGCACUAGCUUUUGAAAAGGCCAAACUAAAACGAGAAAAAGCAGAUGCUUUGGAAGCAAGAAAAAGAGAAAGAGAAGAUAGAGAGAAAAAGAGGGAAGAAUUGAAGAAAAUUGUAGAAGAAGAACGACUCAAGAAAAAAGAAGAAAAAGAGAGACUUAAAAUAGAAAGAGAAAAGGAAAGAGAGAAAUUACGUGAAGAAAAACGAAAAUAUAUGGAAUACUUAAAGCAGUGGAGUAAACCCAGAGAAGACAUGGAAUGUGACGACCUUAAGGAACUUCCAGAACCAACUCCGGUGAAAACCAGACUACCUCCUGAAGUCUUCGGUGAUGCUCUGAUGGUUUUGGAGUUCCUUAAUGCAUUUGGGGAACUUUUUGAUCUUCAAGAUGAGUUUCCUGAAGGAGUAACCUUAGAAGUGUUAGAGGAAGCUCUUGUAGGAAAUGACAGUGAAGGCCCACUGUGUGAAUUGCUUUUUUUCUUCCUGACUGCAAUCUUCCAGGCGAUGGCUGAAGAAGAGGAGGAAGUAGCCAAAGAGCAGAUAACUGAUGCUGACACCAAAGGCUGCAGUUUGAAAAGCUUGGAUCUUGAUAGCUGCACUCUUUCUGAAAUCCUCAGACUGCACAUCUUAGCUUCAGGUGCUGAUGUGACAUCAGCAAAUGCAAAGUACCGGUACCAGAAACGAGGAGGAUUCGAUGCCACAGAUGAUGCCUGCAUGGAGCUUCGACUGAGCAAUCCCAGUCUGGUGAAAAAACUGUCCAGCACUGCUGUGUAUGAUUUGACACCAGGAGAAAAAAUGAAGAUACUUCAUGCUCUCUGUGGGAAGCUACUGACCCUAGUUUCUACUAGGGAUUUCAUUGAAGAUUAUGUUGAUGUAUUGCGACAGGCCAAGCAGGAGUUCCGAGAGCUCAAAGCAGAACAACACCGUAAAGAGAGAGAAGCCACAGCUGCUCGAAUACGCAGAAGGAAGGAAGAAAAACUUAAGGAACAAGAACAGAAAAUGAAAGAGAAACAAGAGAAACUGAAGGAGGAUGAACAGAGAACUUCAGCUGCAGAUCUAGGGGAAGAAGGAAGGGAAGAUUUUGAUACCAGUGCUGACAGCAAAGAAAUAGAGCGGAAAGAUCUGGAUCCUGAUGUGGUUACUGAAGAUGAAGACGACCUGGGAUCACAUAAAAGGAGCAGAAGAGGAAAAGCAGGACAAACUGCAGUUAAACAAUGUAUAAAGCAAGAAGAGAUGAACUACUGUAUAAAGCAGGAGCCUCUGACUGCUGAUGCAGAAGAAGCUUUGAGACAGGAGCACCAGCGGAAAGAGAAAGAACUCCUAGACAAGAUCCAGAGUGCCAUCGCCUGUACUAACAUCUUCCCUCUCGGACGAGACCGCUUGUACAGGCGGUACUGGGUCUUCCCUUCUAUCCCUGGUCUGUUUAUAGAGGAGGAUUACUCGGGUCUUACUGAAGACAUGCUGUUGCCUAGGCCUUCAUCAUUCCACAGUAAUGCACAGCCUCACAGUCCUCGGGUAUCUAUUAAAACUGAAGAGUCCUUCAUGUCUGAAUCUACCUCCAGCCUCGACCAGGGUCCAUUCGAUGAUUCUCUGCUGCUGCCAAAACCAGUGCAUAAGCCAAAUCGGUGGUGCUUUUACAGUUCCUGUGAACAGCUAGACCAGCUCAUUGAAGCUCUCAACUCCAGAGGACACAGAGAAAGUGCCUUAAAAGAGACCUUGCUUCAGGAGAAGAGCAGAAUAUGUGCACAGCUCGCACACUUUUCUGAAGAGAAAUUCCACUUUUCAGACAAACCUCAGGCUGAUAGCAAGCCCGUUUCUUCUCGGGGACGAUCUGCUGCAUGUGACACAUCACAGAUGUCUGCGGAGAGGCAGCUUGAGCUGCGACUCAGAGACUUUCUCUUGGAUAUCGAAGACAGGAUCUAUCAAGGGACACUAGGAGCCAUCAAGGUUACAGAUCGACAGGUCUGGAGGUCAGCCCUGGAGAAUGGCCGAUACGAGCUGUUAAGUGAGGAAAGCAAGGAAAACGGAGUGAGCAAAGCUGUGAACGACGAUGUGGAGGAGAUGGAGAUUGAACAAGCAAGGGUCAUAGUAAGAGACAGACUUUUGGGGCUUAAAACAGAAACUCCAAGUACCGUCUCAACUAGUACCAGUACACCACAGUCAGUGAGCAAUGUGGUUCAUUAUCUGGCUACAGCCCUCUUUCAGAUAGAACAGGGCAUUGAACGGCGUUUCCUCAAAGCUCCACUUGGUAACACAGAAAUUAAUAAAGAUCAAAAGGGAGCUAGAAAAAAAAAGAACAAGAAAAAAAGAGAGGACGAUCAAUCUAGUGUGAGAGAUGAUGGCAGUGACAGCGGACGCUCUUAUAAAACUGUCCUGGACCGUUGGAGAGAGUCUCUCCUUUCCUCUGCUAGUCUAUCCCAAGUCUUUCUGCAUUUAUCAACCUUGGAUCGCAGUGUGAUGUGGUCUAAGUCCAUACUGAACGCACGUUGCAAGAUCUGCCGGAAAAAGGGAGAUGCUGAAAACAUGGUGCUCUGUGACGGCUGUGACCGAGGGCAUCACACCUACUGCGUCCGACCAAAGCUCAAGACUGUUCCUGAUGGAGAUUGGUUUUGUCCAGAAUGUCGACCAAAGCAACGUUCUAGAAGACUUUCCUCCAGACAGAGACCAUCCUUGGAAAGUGAUGAAGAAAUGGAAGAGGGUAUGGAAGGUGAUGAUGGUGAAGUUGAUGACGAUGAUGAAGACGGUCAGAGUGAAGAGGAAGAAUACGAGGUGGAGCAGGAUGAGGAGGACUCUGACGAAGAGGAAGCCCUCAGCCCACCGAAACGAGGAAGACCCCAAGUUAGAUUGCCAAUUAAAACAAGAGGGAGAUUUGGCCCUUCUUUCUCAAGUCGCAGCCAACGACAGGACCCUGGAAGAUACCCUUCAAGGAGUCAGCAGAGCACGCCCAAAACCACUGCCUCUAAAACUGCUGGCAGAAACCUAAGGAAAACCAGAUCUGCUCCUCCCACAGAAACUCGGUCUCUAAGACUUGGCAGUCGCUCCACUCGCCACAGUCCUAACGCGCUGCAAGCAGAUGUGUUUGUGGAACUGCUUAGUCCUCGUGGGAAGCGUAGAGUGAGGAAGAGUGCUGACAAUACCCCAGAGCACAGCCCCAGCCUCACCAACCUCAGGGUCAGCACCUCAAGGCCAAGCGUACAGUUGAUUCCUUUAAAUUCUGCUGAAAGACUUUCUCUCCAGGAUAGUGAAUCUAAGAGAAGAGGCAGGAAGAGACAAUCUACAGAGUCAUCUCCUGUACCACUGAAUCGAAGAAGUUCUGGCCGGCAAGGAGGUGUUCAUGAAUUGUCUGCUUUUGAACAACUUGUUGUGGAAUUGGUACGGCAUGAUGAUAGCUGGCCCUUCUUGAAACUUGUUUCUAAAAUCCAGGUCCCAGACUACUAUGACAUCAUUAAGAAGCCCAUUGCCUUAAAUAUAAUUCGAGAAAAAGUAAAUAAAUGUGAAUAUAAAUUAGCAUCUGAGUUUAUUGAAGAUAUUGAGUUAAUGUUUUCAAACUGUUUUGAAUACAACCCGCGGAACACAAGUGAAGCAAAAGCUGGAACUCGGCUCCAAGCAUUUUUUCAUAUUCAAGCUCAAAAGCUUGGACUGCAUGUCUCACCCAGUAAUGUGGACCAGGCUAGCACGCCACUAGCUGCAAAGAAGUCACGGAUCUAAUUUGUCCUUAUAAAGGCUAUACGUGAAGAAAGACGGAUUGUUGAUGAAAAUGGAACAUUAAAUCAUGCUCUGAAGCAGAUAUGUGUGUAGAGCAGUAACAGCUGGCUGACCACGUCAGUGCGGCCUGCACUGUAUUCCCAAUUUACUCUUAAGCACUCAGGAGAACGUAGGAAAGACUUCCUUUGCUACAGCUUUUGUUCAGUGUCUACUAAGUUGCAUAGACGUACUGGGUACAGUACUGGGUUACAGAGGCUUGUGUAUAUUUUGAGAUCAUUCAUGUGUUCAGGUGUCUUGGAAAAUAUUUUUCAUCUAUGCUCUAUUUUGUCAUUGAGCCUUAGGAGUUCCAGUAGUAAGGAGGUCUUGUCUCCACGGUGAGCCUGCUAGAACACACCAUAGAGAGUGUGUCUGAGCUCCAUGUCAUAGGGUUUCAACACUACACAUGAGUGAGUCCAGUUCGCUAGCUCUGAUGUGCUGUAGCCAGUACCAACUGAAUUUAUUAACUAGAUAUUUAUUUAGCAUUCAAAGUCAUUUGUGAAUUUGUUUUGUAUUUAUAAAAUUUAUACUUGGAAAAUGUUCUUUAAUUUUUUUAAACAUUUUACUAUGUUUUUGUUUUAUUUCUCAACCAGUCUUAAUGAUUUAAAAAUAAAAAUGUCAUCCUAACAGUUCUGUUUUACAAACAAUAAGUUUCUGUGUACAACUUUUCUAAGUGUGCAAAUAAAAUGAUACAUUUUUUUCAA